AUGAUACCAGCUCUGGACACCGGCGCAAGAGUCGGCGCUCCUCCAGGCCAUCGUGCGCUAGGAAACGGGGCUGCCAGCGGGGUCGAGAAGGAUGGUUGUGGUUGUGGUGGUGGUGGUGGCGGCGGCGGCGGCGGUAGCGAGUUACGGAAAAGUGUCAGUAACUCUAGGGCCGCGGAGUACUGGCGCGAGUUCGAGCUGCCGCGGGAAGAUCCCCUGACGCAGCCACCGAGCCCGGACGCCGAGUCCGCCGCGCCCACGAGGCGGGAAAGCACCGUCGCAGACACGGACGAGCCGCGGAGCUCGCCUAUGAGCGUCUCAGGAGGUCGGGCGUCGGGGAGAGGAGGCAGAGGAGGACGCGCCUCGGCCCGCGCAGGUGGCGGUGGCAGUGCCAGGCUGUCGUCGCGGCUGCAGAACGAGCUUGAGACGCCCAAGGGCGAGCGGAGCGCGAGCAGAAGGACGAGCAAGGCGCCGAGCAUCGUAGAGCAGGAGCAGGAUGAGGACAAGGUGAUGGAGGAUGCGGACGAGGACGACGACGACGACGACGACGAAGAAGCCGAGCAGGAGGAGAGUACACCCGCCGAGGAGGAAGAUGAGGAGGAUGAGAGCGAGGAACACGAGGAAGAGGAAGCCGAGCAGAAGAGGAGCAAAAAGCUCGCCCGAGCACCUCGAAGCAGGCCUCAACCGGCACCGACCUCCAAAGUCCGUGAAAACCAGGCAUUGCGCCGCACGCGCCGAACGACUCGAGCGGAGAAGUCUCCACCGUUACGUUUUCGGGAUGUCGAAGACAGCGACGACGAUUAUAAGGAGGAGAACGGAGACACCGUAGCCAGCCUUAAGGAGCUAGUUACGCUGGUCAAGGAGCUCAAGAAAACAAUUGACUAA